UACUUCUACAGGUUCAGUCCAUGCCACAUCAAUAGCAGCUUCCAGAGUGGAGCAAGCACUGUCUGAGGUUGCUUCAUCUCUGCAAAGCAGUGCCCCUAAACAAGGUCCCCUGCACCCUUGGAUGACUCUGGCUCAAAUAUGGCUUCAUGCAGCUGAAGUCUACAUAGGAAUUGGGAAGCCUGCUGAGGCCACAGCGUGUACCCAGGAAGCAGCUAAUCUCUUUCCGAUGUCGCACUAUGUUCUCUACAUGAGAGGUCAGGUGGCUGAACUUCGUGGAAACAUCGAUGAAGCCAAACGCUGGUAUGAAGAGGCCUUAUCUAUUAGUCCUACCCACGUGAAAAGCAUGCAGAGGCUGGCUCUGAUACUUCACCAGCUCGGGCGCUAUAGCUUGGCAGAGAAGAUUCUCAGAGAUGCCGUCCAGGUGAACUCCACAGCCCAUGAGGUCUGGAACGGCCUGGGAGAGGUGCUGCAGGCUCAAGGCAAUGAUGAUGCUGCGACCGAAUGCUUCCUGACGGCACUGGAGCUUGAAGCUAGCAGUCCUGUGGUCCCUUUUACCAUCAUUCCCAGAGUCCUUUGAGAGGGCAUCUUGAUCCACCUAUUUUGGUCUGACUUCUGGGUGAGGAAACCCAGUGUAUCAGGCUGCCUGGUAACUGGUUAGUUUGAAAAACUUUAGAGCUACAGGUAACAAACUCCAGUCUUUUGCGGGAAAGUGGCCAAAACAGUGACGUGAUGCAAUAAGUUAAAUGUUAGACUAAGAGGACAGAAUGGCUAGCCAGAACCAAAUCACUCAUAUCACCUACAUUUUUGUCCUGGUAGUUUUAAAACAUCGUUAUAUUGUUCAUGGAUGAUGUGCCAUAUUUUGUUAGUGAUACUUGAGUGUUACAUAAACUUAUAAUGGAAUCGACUACCAAACAUAGAAUAAUAUAUUCCGGUUAAAAUUCAGUGGCAGAGCGACUAUUUUUAACAAGGCUGUUAAUAAAACUGUUCUCUUCCUGCCUCUCAACCUCUUUUGGCCCAAAGUCAAAAUGUGAAUUUUCUGUUUCCAUCUCUAUUUUAGUCCAGGCCAAAAAAUGAGUUGAGUUCUUGGUUUUAGUUGUUAAUAACUGUGAUGUGUGGCUAACUGUUAUCUCUAUUUAGAGCAAAGGCUGAGUACGAGAAUAUUUAUAUUUUACCAAUGUAUGCCUGUUACAAACAAUAUAUUAGUUAUUUAAGUUUAACUUUUUUAUGUGAAUUCAGAGUUUAUUUAUCAAUGGAAAUAUGUAAAAAGAAGCCUCAAAUGGAGUAUUUACCGACAUUCCUUAUACAUGACCCACACUUGGCUAAAUGGGAAGAUUAUGUUAAUAAUAAAAUGAUUUUUAAAUGGAA